AGGAAGUAGCUACAAGUAAGUUAAAAUGAGGAAGCUCACUAAAAGUUCUACUUAAAUAGAACUGCUUUUUAGGUCUGUGACAAGUUUAUGUAAUUGGAUUUAGAGAGUGGACUUCCAGCAUUAAGUUCUAGAUAAAAGUCACCUGAGUCAUUGGGUUUAAAGAUUCUUUCUUUCUUGAGGCAGUGGUCUAAGAAUUACUGCAGCGUUUGAACUAUCCACUGAGUUUUUGGCCAUACCACAUCCUGUCGAGCUAAACAGAGCUUCAACAUGGUUGCCACAGCGCAGUCACACAGCCUCAAGUAGAAGAGUUGAAGACUGUAAUUAAGGUUACGAGUGAGUAGGACUUCUAGGGGCAGUCAGAGGUGAGUGAGCAGUCAUGGCAGACGAGGUGCAAGGCUUGUCCUUUUUCUAUGGCAACAUCACUCGAGAGGAAGCUGAGGACUAUCUGAGGCAAGCAGGCAUGAGCAACGGCCUCUACCUGCUCCGUCAGAGCCGUAACUACCUGUGUGGAUUCGCACUGUCCGUGGCCUACAACCAUCAGUGCUACCACUACACCAUUGAGAGGGAGUUGAAUGAGACAUAUGCCAUAGCAGGUGGAAAAUCCCACCGCAGUCCAGUGGGUUUAGUGGAGUACCAUGCGCAGGAAUCUGAUGGCCUGGUGUGUCUGCUGAAAAAGCCCUGCAAUCGGCCCCGGGGUGUCGAGCCCAAGGUGGGGGCUUUCGAGGAUCUGAAAGAGCAGCUCAUCAGGCAGUAUGUACAGCAGACAUGGAAGCUGAAGGGUGCCUCAUUGGAGCAGGCUAUCAUCAGUCAGAGGCCUCAGCUGGAGAAGCUGAUUGCCACCACGGCACACGAGAAGAUGCCCUGGUUUCAUGGGACCAUCUCACGGGAAGACUGUGAGCCACGUUUACUCAACAACCCCCGCACCAAUGGCAAGUUUCUAAUCCGGCAGCGAGAUAACAAUGGCUCCUAUGCACUCUGUCUCCUCCAUCAUGGCCAAGUCAUGCACUAUCGCAUCGACAGGGACAAAGCUGGCAAACUCUCCAUUCCUGAUGGAAAAAAGUUCGACACACUUUGGCAGCUGGUGGAGCAUUAUUCCUACAAACCUGAUGGCCUGCUCCGGGUGCUGACUGAACCCUGCCCACGACCUGAAGGCCCACCUGCACUUCCUGGAAAUCAUCCAGAUCUGGGUGGCCCAAGUGGAAUUCUCUCCAGAUUCAGAUCCGCUUCAUUCCCCAAACCUGGUCUCAAAAAGACAGCGUUAAAGAAGUGUAAAGAAAAGAUCUUAGAUGUUUGCCCUGGUAAGAUCACAACAUAUCUUCGCAGAAAUCACGAGACUGAUAAUCAUUAUGCUCAGAGGGAAACAAUGCUUGCCACAGAGGACUUACCCAUGAGCACUGAGGUGUAUGAGAGUCCAUAUGCUGACCCUGACGAACUACGCUCAACCACAGUGGACCGGAAAAACUUGCUCCUGGAGGAUGGAGAGCUUGGCUCAGGCAAUUUUGGCACGGUUCUAAGGGGAACCUACCAGAUGAGGAAAACACAGAAACCGGUAGCAAUAAAGAUCCUGAAGAACGGAGAAAACAAUGCUGCAGUAAAGGACGAAAUGCUUCGUGAGGCUCAAGUCAUGCAGCAGCUGGACAACCCCUACAUAGUGCGUAUGAUCGGCAUCUGUGAGGCCGAGAACCUCAUGUUAGUCAUGGAGCUGGCUGAACUCGGCCCUCUGAACAAGUAUCUGCAAAAAAACAGACUUGCCGUUAAAAACGUCACUGAGCUUGUGCAUCAGGUCUGUAUGGGGAUGAAGUACCUGGAGGAGCAUAACUUCGUUCACAGAGACCUGGCAGCCCGCAAUGUGCUGUUAGUCACCCAGCACUAUGCAAAAAUCAGUGACUUUGGCCUGUCCAAAGCCCUCACCAGUGAGCAUGAUUAUUACGAGUCUAAAGGUCAUGGUAAGUGGCCUGUGAAGUGGUAUGCGCCCGAAUGCAUGAACUACUUCAAGUUCUCCUGUAAGAGUGACGUGUGGAGCUUCGGGGUGCUGAUGUGGGAGGCUUUUUCAUACGGACAGAAGCCAUAUAAGGGGAUGAAGGGAAAUGAGGUUAUCCAGAUGAUUGAGAGUGGUGAGAGGAUGGCUGCUCCACCCAGCUGCCCAACUGAGAUGUAUAACCUCAUGAUGAAAUGCUGGACAUAUAAGUCGGAUGAGAGGCCAAGCUUUGCUGUGGUGGAGCCCAGGCUAAGAGACUACUACUAUGACAUUUCUCAGUGACCAGUUACCUGCUGGAAGAAAACUCAGACUGAAGAGUCAUUCUCUAGGAGCUGUUUGUACAUGGUUUUAAGGACUGGCCACACUGAUUUAUUUGACAUAAUUUACCUGCAAGCUUAUCCAAAAGCUGUUGUUGUUGUUUUUGUUUGUUUUUCAAGCCAAAAUUAUAAUCAGUGAGUGACAGCUUGUCUCGGUUAUUUUUCUACAUGUCUACAGACCUUACAAUUAGCAAUAAAUAGCAAAUUACAUUUUCACAUCACCAUUACUGCAUAUUUUUUAUCAUAGAACUAUUUUGUAUACCAUUCUAUUGUAUUUAAACAUGACCUUAUUUUACCUGUACCUGUUUCAUUAGUAGCAUUUUAUCAAAAAAGGUACCUUGUCAGGAACAUUCAAAGUACCUUUUACUGUUAUUAUAUAUUAUAGUUAGUGUGCAGGGGCACUGGUACAAGUUCUGAGCUCCCGAACAGGUUAAUGCACUGAGCCAACCCACCGUGGAAAUUUUUUGUUCUCCUUGUUGUCUCCCAUCCCUCAAACCACCAAACUUCAUCCCCUCCACCGUUUAUGGCAGCCCUGCUCGCCUGCUGUAAAUGUGACAUCUUUAUUAUCAAGCAUGCUAUAAGGCUUGGGAAUGUGAUGUCAUGACAUAUGGGUGAUCUGCCAUUUUGCCAGGGCGAGUCAGUCAAUUAAUCAGAUAGCCAGCCUACUGAAGUUUUCAUACAAACAGUGUUCUGAGUUUUCAAGUAGUUAUAGUAGGAAGCUAUUGUUCUGUUACAAAAAGGCAAAACCAGGGAAGAAGUUUCAGAGGUAAUAUAUGUAAGGAAUAAAACACGACAGGACAUCCUGUCAGGAUGAUGCUAGUACACCCUGAAAUUGAUUUUUUUUUCUCCUUAUAACAGCAUGUCUCAAAGUGCUUUUAUUCAUCUUAUAACACAGCAAUUUGCCAACAAUUAAAAUUAAUUUUACUAUUAAACUAUUAACUAUUAAACUACUAUUAAAGAAUAUCUUUUUUUUAAAAAAAAAAUCUGUUUAUAGUUACAUUUAAUGUUGUCCAUGAAACAAGUGAGUUUCAACUGAGUGUUAUAAAGCGCUGACACUGGAGACUCAUUCCAACGCUAAAUAAAUGCAUCCUAACAGAAAACUUCACCGUGUCAAUUUAAAAUCCCUUUAUAUGGAGUGUCUGCCAUUACAACUCCCUAUGGAAGCUGUUACUAUAAAAACUAUUGAAUGUGGAAUAAAACACAAUAAAACAGCAAUCGCUUUCAGCUCUCAGUAUGUGUGCACAAGUACUAACCCUUCCAAAAUGGCAGAACAUCCAAAAAUGCAGUGUGAAAUGACAUUGAUUCCCGUGCAUAUUCUUCCCAUGUUCGUGUGGGUUUCCUCCGGGUUCUCCAAUUUCCCCCACCUCUCAAAAACCUGCCAGUAGGUGGAUUGGCUAAGAUAAAUUGCCCUUAGUGUGAAUGUGUGUGUGUGUGUGAGACACCCAGUGUUUUUGUGACAGGCUCCAGAUUCACCACAACUCUGAUCAGGAUAAAGCAGUUAAUGAGAGAGAGAGAGAGAGAGAGAGAGAGAGAGCGCAAGAGAGAAUGAGUGCUAUUGAAUUAUAUCACAUAACAAACUAUUGCCAUGACAUUAAUGAAUGAAGAGCUACAGCAAACUUCUGUAUAUAAAAGCUUCGACUCAUAUGUUUUGUACAUAUCAAUAUUGAUAGUUCAUGAUCAACACUUAUGGUAGUCACAUCCAGACAAACUUCCUGAGAACGCCUUGUUUAUGUAAUACAGCUGCAUUUGACAUGAUUAAGAGCACGUUGAGUCGUCAUACUCCUAUAUCCAUUUCAUUUUUGCUCAUGUUGUAAGCAUGAAAUUUUGCAACUAUUAUUUUGUUCUUCCCUAAUAAUCUGUCAAACAAAAAUGGAUGAUUUUUAUAUUCGCUCUGACUUUUAUACAUUCAAAAGUAGAAAUCAUUAGUUAACAUCUGUCACUAAUGCUGCUGUGCCAGUAUCCUAGUAUCACUGAGAGUUCAUUGGUAAUUUUAUUAGUCCUCUUCCUACUUCUUCCUACUCCUGCUAUAGGCCCACUGUGUUCUGCUGGCAAGUUUACAUUUUAGUUCUCUUAUUUGAUUAUAUUUUAUUUUAGUCAACUUACAAUUUAAGAACAAACUUCUUCUCCUUAUUUGUUUUAUAUCUUCUUUUUUUGUUUUAUUCUCUUUAAUCUUAUUUUAUUAGCCCAUUCUCUUGUUUUGUGUGUGUUUUAGUGUUAACAUUUCUGUGUUACUUUAAAUUUAUUCAGUAUUAUCCCUUUAAAAUUAUUCGUUGAGAGAUUAAUUCUAUUAUACAGCACUUUGGCAGCCCUUGUUUUAAAUGUGCUUUAUAAAUAAAGUUGACUUGACUUCUUCCAGGUUUUCAUUAUCCACUGGUCUUCCACGCUCUGGCACAGAGUUCAAAUUGAAUAUGUGAUGCAUUUAAUUGGUCUAUGCACAAGCAGUUCUGUAAAGAAGUAAUAAAUAAAUAAACUAUUUUAAAACA